AAACCCUAAACUUCAAUAAUAGCCUUAUCCUUGGACAAUAGACAAACCCUCCAAGCCAAAUAGCUAAAGAAAGAGGCUUUAUUUGAGUGAGAAUUGGCACAAAGGGAAGAGGAAAGAUCAGCAACCAUUUAAGGACUUCACUCUCCAAAAUCAGAAAAACAACUCUGGCAAGGGAUGAGUUAGCAAUUUUAAAAAACUCAUGCUGAAACAGCUAGCUCAAAUGGGGGGAUCCAAGUUUGUCUCCUUGGCAUUUCUAUUGGUUUGUUCAGUGCUCCAAAGGGUGUGGUCACAUGGAGACCAACCUCUAUCAAAAGUUGCUGUUCAUAAGGCAACAGUAUCACUUCUUGACCUUGCUUACAUCAAAGCAUCACCAGAAGUUCUUGGACUACAAGGUCAAACUGCUGAAUGGGUAACCUUAGAGUACAGCUCUCCAAUUCCAUCGACUGAUGAUUGGAUUGGAGUAUUCUCUCCCGCAAACUUUAGUGCUUCCACAUGUGCGAAAGAAAAUCGUAGAGUCUAUCCGCCACUAUUGUGUUCUGCGCCCAUUAAGUAUCAAUAUGCAAAUUACUCAAGUCCCCUCUACAAAGUAACUGGAAAAGGGUUUCUGAAGCUUCAGCUAAUUAAUCAGAGAUCAGAUUUCUCAUUUGCACUAUUUUCUGGUGGCUUGUCAAACGUAAGCUGUCAUUAAUUUGAACUUGCUUGA